GAUGUCUGCGUUAUGAACGCUGAAGAAAAAUUUUUGGUGCAUUUACGACAAUUGCACCAAGACUUUCCAAAUUUGAAAAUAGUCUUAGAACACGCUACCACCAAAGCGGCUGUCGAAACGGUAAAAGCCCUCGGCGAUAACGUUGGAUGCACCAUCACCAUACACCAUCUUCAACUUGUUGUGGAUGAUUGGGCAGGUCAAUGCCAUAACUUCUGUAAACCGGUUGCCAAAUUCCCUCAUGACCGUCAAGCUUUGCGUGAUGUUGUUCUUGAAGAAUGCGCUCAUGCUUGUGCUGGCGUGUUUACGACUCCUUUGGCUCUUCCAUAUCUUGCCACUUUAUUGGAUUCAUUCGGGGCGAUUGACAAACUACGUGGAUUUGCUUGUGAGAAUGGCAAAAGAUUUUAUAAUGUCAAGGAGAAUGAAGAAAAGAUUCGCGAAAUUACCCUGGUCAAGCAAUCAUUUUCUGUUCCUGAAUGCUAUUCAUUUGGAGAGGGUCUUCGUCAAGGCAAAGUUAUUCCAUUUUGGGCAAAUAAAGAUUUGACUUGGAAGAUUGUCGAUUGA